AUGUGGGGGGAUAGUAUGCGCGAGCUUGGUGACGCUAUGGAUAAUGAGUUGAAUGCAGUGAAGCCGGUGGUGGAAGAAGGUGGCAUGGAUGGUGCCAGAAAAUUUAUUAAGGGUAAGAGCUUUCAGAAGUCUUCUACCGAACAUAUGUUGAUUUCGCCCGGUAGGGAUGGUUCAGUGCCAUUGAAUGGGUUGAAAUCGUCGCCGGCAGACCCGCACUUGUCUGAUGUUAAUUCUAUCUUGGACAAUCAUCGUGGCGGUGGCGAGACAGCUUUGACGUCUGUAAAUAAUAUUAUCAUGGCCACUUCGACGAAUGGGGACAGUGAUGGGGUUGAUGGAGAUGCCAAGAGGCCGUCUAUUUCUAACUGUUCGUCGAGAUCAUCAUUUUUUGACACCGUACUGAGCACGUUUUCCCUAAAAUCAAAUUCACAAGAUACGGUUACUAAUGAAGUCAAAAAUAUUGAGGUCCAGUUUGCAUCCGAGGAGGCUAAUAAAAAAUUCCGCCAAAUGUUCAAGCCAUUAGCUCCUAAUACGAGACUUAUUACGGACUACUUCUGCUACUUCCACAGAGAAUUCCCCUAUCAGGGCAGAAUCUAUCUCUCCAACACACAUUUAUGUUUCAACUCAACCGUGUUGAACUGGAUGGCAAAGUUACAGAUUCCCUUGAAUGAAAUUAAAUAUUUAGAUAAGGUCACCACAAAUUCAAGUGCUAUUUCGGUGGAAACCGUGACUAACAGGUACACUUUUUCCGGAUUCAUAGCGAGAGACGAGGUUUUCCAAUUGAUUACAAGAGUUUGGUCAAAGGAAAACUUAACCAAUAUCAAUGACGUUUUGGAGGUUGAUGAGAGGGUCUCCAAGAAAAAGGGAAUAUCAUCGACCCCUUCUUCCAUAUUCAACAAUGUUUCUACCAAUGCAUAUAACGAUUUCAUAUCGACAACCACUACUGAACCAACAAGCAGGGCUUCCUACAUGAGCGAGAACGACAUGCUCAUCGAGGAGGCCAUAAGGUCCGUGGACGAUUACAUGGGCACACCAAGAGCAUCGCCAUCUUCUUCAUCUUCGUCGUCAUCGUCGUCAUCGUCUUUAGGCUCUUCAACAACUUAUUAUUGUAGGCCCGUAUAUAGGUUAAAGCCAAACGCACCAUUUCAAUAUGAGGGGCCAUUCCAUGUACAAGAAACCAUGGACUUUCCUUAUAAACCUGAGGCUAAUAAUGAAUACGUGCUUCUGGAACGUCAAUUCAGCGUUCCACCCGGCCUACUUUUCAUUAUGAUGUUCAAUGAAGAUAAUCCAGUUUUUGAGUUAAGCUUUUUGAAAACUCAAGAUUCGUCCAACAUCUCACACAUAGGGACUUUUGAAAAAGUCAAUAAAGAUGGACAACAUUACAGAGAAUUCCAAUACACCAAACAGCUGCAUUUCCCUGUGGGGCCCAAAUCCACAAACUGUGAGGUAGCGGAAAUUCUUUUACACUGCGACUGGGAAAGGUACAUAAAUGUUUUAAGUAUAACAAGAACACCAAAUGUUCCUAGUGGUACCAGUUUCAGCACCAGAACGAGGUACAUGUUCCGAUGGGAUGACCAGGGGCAAGGUUGCAUAUUAAAAAUAAGUUUUUGGGUGGACUGGAACGCAUCCAGUUGGAUCAAGCCAAUGGUAGAGAGCAAUUGUAAAAAUGGACAAAUUAGCGCCACUAAGGACUUGGUAAAGUUAGUCGAAGAAUUUGUAGAGAAAUACGUGGAAUUGAGCAAAGAAAAAGCAGAUACACUCAAGCCGUUGCCCAGUGUUACAUCUUUUGGAUCACCUAGGAAAGUGGCAGCACCGGAGCUGACGAUGGUACAGCCGGAGUCGAAACCAGAAGCUGAGGCGGAAAUCUCAGAAAUAGGCAGCGACAGAUGGAGGUUUAACUGGGUGAACAUAAUAAUCUUGGUGCUCUUGGUGUUAAAUCUGCUGUAUUUAAUGAAGUUGAACAAGAAGAUGGAUAAGCUGACGAACCUCAUGACCCACAAGGACGAAGUUGUAGCGCACGCGACUCUAUUGGACAUACCAGCCAAAGUACAAUGGUCAAGACCAAGAAGGGGAGACGUGUUGUAA